AUUCCGGUGAAAAUUUACCCAGUGGAAUAUAUGACACUGAUACAGAAAGGACAUGGUUUGAAGUUGGUGAAAAUACCGAAACUAUAAUUACUUUACCUACAGCUAAAGUUUUAGAUAAGUCUGUGCCAUAUAGUGUAUUUGUGAGGGUAUGGUAUAAUGCAAAUCAAUAUGCGAUAUUUAAGUCUCCUGGUAUUACACCACUGACGUCUGCUCCUAGUGUCAGUCACAUAGCAGGUGCUGCUAUAAAAGAAUUAGAAACUAUAUUAAGUGUUAACGAUAUAGAUUACCAAACAUCCAGCAAUCAGAUUAUUGUUGGUUGGAAGAAUAAAUUUAGAGGAGGAAUUCGUGGAUUAGAUUAUGUUAAGCCUUAUAUAAGCACUCAUCCACAAGGCCACAACGUUCAUCAGUCAUCUACAAGAGUACCUGGAAAUACUAGUGUAUAUACAGCUACUAAUCUAAAUCUACAAGAGAAUAGAGAAUAUUAUAGUACUGUACUUGCUUAUAAUAAAGCAGGAUUAUUGAGCUGGGCCAAUAGUGAUGGAAUAUUAAUAGACAAUACAACUCCCACUUCUGGUAUUAUACAUGAUGGUAAUGAUAUCUAUGAUAAAGAUUACCAAUACUCUACAACAGUUAUAUCAUCAUCAUGGUAUGGUUUUACUGAUAGUGGUACUGGUAUAGUUAAAUAUUACUGGUGUAUUGGUACUGGUAUUAGUACUACAGAUUGUAAUAUACACGACUGGAGGAAUGUAGGAUUGAAUACUAGAGUGUCUGUAAACCUAACCUCACCUUUAAAUCAUGGUAUGAAAAUUUAUAAUAAAGUGUAUGCUGUAGAUGGAAGUGGGUUGAAAUCUGAUGUAGCAGUGUCUGAUGGUAUUACAAUUGAUACCACGCCCCCAGUACCGGUUGAUAUAGAUUAUAUUGGAGAAAAUCGCAUCGCCAAUCCAUCAUUUGAAGAAGGCGCGGAGGAAUCAAAUAAGGAAUGUGAUGACCAACCACCAGCUCGUUGGUAUUUUGACUCCACCUCGUGUAUUAAAAUUAUCCAAUCACAACCUUCCGUUUCAAAAGAAGGCGGAACCUAUAUUAAAGUGAAAGGUCAUAUUCAACAAACAGUUUUUGAUUUAAACAACCAAAGUGCUUACCAUGUUAUAGUACAUGUUGGAUAUCCACAUGAUGUUAGCAUUCAGCAUCACAACGUCGAAGGUUUCGUGCAAUUCGGACAAGAAACUCACACUUUCAGCCUUGACCCAGAACGAUGCCAGGGAAUAUGUGACAUCGACCAACAACCAUUAAUAUUAUGGAAUAAAUUUACUUAUGUAUUCCAUCCAAGAGAAGCAAGAGAAGUGAUAAGAAUUGGUACAAGUAAAUUACAUAUGAUAUUAGCUGUAGAUGAUGUAUAUGUACAACAAGUUAAUUAUAUAGAUAUAACAAGUGAUUCUAAUCAUUUAAUACAUCAUACAGUAUUUAGACCUUAUUGGUCAUCUCUUCAUCUUACCUGGCAUUUUAAAGAUGAUCAAAGUCAUAUUACAGAUUAUCAAUGGGCACUAGGAACCGUGCAAGGUGGAACCCAGAUUCGGUCGUUCACAAGUGUUGGUAGAAAUCAGCAAGCUACUGCAUCCGGUCUAAAAUUAGCCCAUAAUACACUACUAUACCUGACCGUGAUGUCAACCAAUGGGGCCGGACUGACAACUGUCAGCCAGUCAGAGAGUAUUGUUGUGGAUAUGACUCCGUCAAUAAUAUCAGAGAUAAACGAUGGUAUAGAGAAUGAUGUAAAUUUCCAGCUAACCAAACUUAUAUCAGUUAAUUGGAAAGUAGGAGAUCCAGAAUCAGGAGUAGAAUAUUGUCAAUGGGCUAUAGGUUCAACGCACGACAGUGUUGAUAUACAGCCAUUUACUCCUAUACCAGAUAAACAAUCAUUUGUUCAAGUUGAACUCAGUGUUGAUCAAAUACAGAACUCUAAACAAGUUUAUUCUACUGUAAGAUGUUAUAAUAAGGCUGGAUUGCCAACUACAGCUACUACUGAUGGCGUUCUGGUUAUAAUCAAAAUGGCUGCCAUAGCAGACUGUCAGAUCGCCAUUCAUGAAGAUGGAGUAUCUGCAUAUCCGGUGAAGGAUGAUUGUUAUCCAUUGACUGAUAGUUUACGAUUAAAAUGGGAUUUAGAAAAUACCAGAAUUGAUACCAAGUCGAUACAGGUAUCGGUGUAUGGUCCAGGUUAUAAUUUAGAUAAAGAAGUUCGAGUUACAGAGAUUGUUUAUAACCAAGCUAAAUUAAGAAGUUUCUCACUACAACCUAAUUCUAACUAUAAUGUUAGUGUUUCUACUAUUAAUGUAUUAGGAAGACAAGACAAUUCUAUAUCAACAGUAAUAUCAUCUGUAGCACUACCUCCUAUUUUACAAGCGGGUUCAAAAUUACUAAUUUCCAGAUCAUUUGAUGGUAAAUCAAUAGAAAUGUCAUGGAGAGAUUUAUUUACGUCCCCAUGGAAGAACCUGUAUUAUGAAGUCAGUUUAGGAACUUCGCCGGGAGGAUCGGAUGUUAUGCAAUGGCAAGAGACAAAAGUUGCUUCCCUUACCAUCGAGAUGCCUGAUAUAUCAAAAUUACCAAAAUUAUAUUUAACAAUAACAGCUGUGGACCCUUGUGGUCUUUUCCUACAUUAUAAUCAUACCAUUGUACUUUAACGGAUUAAAAUUAUUAUUUUUAGAAAAUAUAUCUAUUGCAAAUUGUU